AUGGAGGACGACGAUUGCUACGGGUUUGGGUCCUACGACGACGUCUUCUCGGCGCCGCCGGGCGCGCAAGGGCAGGAAGCCGCCCCCGAAGAGAUCACGUCGGCGCUCACGCCACGCUCGCGGAAGCUCGUGGACGUGACGUCGCCCGUCUCGGCGGCUGCCAUUGGCACGUACUUGAUGGACGCCGGGUAUUUUGUCGCGAGCAGCGCCAUUGCGACACCGCGCUUCCACGGACACCACAUUGGCCUCAAGAUCAAGCGCAAUGGGAAGCUCGUCGCGUUUAGCUUCCCGGACGCGGGCGACAUGGUCGCUGCGAGCGUGGUCGAAGCGGGCGCUGCCGUCUCUGUUCUGGGCGAGCUCUUCCUCGAUGACACGACCUUGUUGUGGAAGCCAGCGCACUACGCCGACGCCAAGGCGUCCGCCUCGGGCCACAUGUACGGCUCCGACCGCUACAGCCUUCAGCUACCGCGCGGCCACGUGCGCGGUGCCCAGAGCGCACGCGUGCAGAACGUCAUGUCGGCGCUUGUCGUGACCAUCGAGACGUUCGACAUUGCGUUCGAGUUUACCUUUAUGCCGGGUCCAUACUCCAAGCCGUCCAAGUGCAACGAGCUUCUCGACCUCCUCACCCCAACCGCCUCCUCGCCCCAAGCAGCGCCGCUCGCAACACCGUCAAAGAAAGCAUCGCCGCUUCUCUCGCAGACGCCGCCCAUGCGCACGCCCCAGCGCCGCUUGUCCAGCGCAAGGUCGCCAGUGCCCAUGUGGAGCAGUCCCCAUCACCUCUCGCGCGAUGCCGUCGACGAACGUAAUGCGCUGGUCCGGGCAUACCUCGCACUGCCCCGCGGCUCUGCCGAGGCCCUUGACGCGGCCGCUACGAUUCAGGACAAGUACGGAUACCCGAUCGGUCCCGUCGCCGGCGCGUCCUUCCUUGAUGACAAGGACUACCGGCGGGACACGGUCGCGCGACUCGCCGAGACGGUCGAGCGCAUGAAGCGCGUAUGGAAGGCCGAGGAGGUGCUACUCGAGCAGCAAACGCACGUGCGGAGUUCGCGGUCGGGUGACCACGACAUUACCUAUUUGGAUACCAACACGAGCCACUUUAUCACGCCAAAAGAGUACGAAGUGCGCUACAAGCAGCAGAUCCAGGCGUCAACGCCAGUCGUGCUCACGUCGUCGUCCUUGGCCGUCCAUCCUCCAACGCUACUGGAUGCAAGCGCGAGUUGCAUCGUGGACGCCCAGUUCUUUGAGCGCGAAACGCCACUGCUCACGCUGCCCGAGACUGUCCCCAGUGCGCUCAUGGACGAAGCGACCAGCAAACUGCGCGGAUACGAAGCGCGGAUCGAUUGCGCGACCAACGAGCUGUACCAAGCGAUUGCCAAGCUCACGCACCAGCACUACACCACCGUCCGGUCCAUCGAGGACGAGUAUGCGCAGUACAUUAGUAGCCUCGGCGUCCAACUGCCCGUGCGGCUUGAUGCGUCGCGGCCACCCAACAAGAGGCGUCGACGCAGCAUCCUGACGUCGCCGUCACAGGGCGAAUCGAUCAGCGACCCGCAAGCGACCAGCGACCUCGAGGCGGCGCAAGACGAAGAGAGUGCAAAGCGGCAACGGCGGCUCAGCACCGACCUCCCGACCAUGGCCGAGCUCGACGACGCGGCCGAGUCGUCCAACGUCGUCGCGGCCCCGUCCCCACUGUGCUUGGAGGAGGACGCCGAUUUGAACCUGUGCAAUCUCUGCUUUGACGAGCGCGUGGCCAUCGUGCUCAAGCCGUGCGGACACGAAAUGUGCAACCAGUGCUGGGGCAAGCUCCAAGCGUCGCACGUGCACGAGUCUGGCGCGAUCCAGUGCCCGUGGGACCGGGAGACGGUCGAGCCGCAAGUCGUCGUCGCGCCUUGA